AACAUUGAACCGUUGUGAAGACAACGCAGACAAGAUUUUUCGUGUUUGUGUUUAGUUGUUUGUUGCUGAAAAAUCGGUUUCUGGAGGUUUCAGAAAUGAAUCGACGAAAACGCGAAAAUUCUCCAGAAGUACCCUCCAAAAAGCGUCGCAGUAGAAUUGAAAGCAGCAGCGAAGAUGAAUCCAGCAGCUCACAAGCAAUCCCAUUGUCCAACGGUACGCCAACCGAUCCAAUUGAACGAGCAAUCAUCCAUGACAUUCAACAAAACAUACGUAGUGGAAAGAUUCUGAAGAUGCAGCUUAAAAAUUUUAUGUGUCAUAAAAAUCUCGUUGUUGAAUUCAAUAAACGUGCAAACUUAUUGGUUGGUAACAAUGGUAGCGGUAAGAGUGCCGUCCUUGCUGCUCUAACUAUUGGUCUAGGAUGCAGUGCUAAUAUGACAAAUCGUAGCAGCAGUGUGAAACAGCUGAUUAAACAUGGCGAGACGCAAGCUACGAUUGAAAUUCAUUUGGAGAAUGAUAGUUUUGAUGCCUUUGAGCGAGAUGUUUAUGGUAACAAAAUUAUCGUAGUGCGCACGAUCAAUGCCUCUGGGGCUACCAAUUAUAAACUAAAAAGUGAAAAUGGUAACAUCAUAACAACAAGCCGAAGCGAAUUACUUAAAUUGAUUCUGUAUCUCAACAUCCAAGUCGACAAUCCCGUUUGUGUUUUAAACCAAGACUUGGCGCGAUCCUUCCUGAAGGACUCUGACGAAAAGAAACAGUAUAGUCUUUUCUUGAAGGCAACUCAAAUCGAUGCUAUUACAAGCAAACUGAACGGGUGCACACCGCAGCUGGAAAAUGCUAAACAUAAUCUGGAAUGCAAUGAAAAAAGUUUGCGUUUCAUGGAAAACGAAAUUGUCGAAAUGCGGCAUAAGUAUGAAAACUUACAAUCAGUUGAGAAACUCAAAGAAGAAGUUCAAGCUGCAAAACUUAAGCUCGGUUGGCGAAUAGUGGCUGAUAAAUCGGAGGAAUGUUCGAAUGUAGAGGAUCAGUUGCGAGAGAAGUUGAAUACGGUGAAGGAAUAUAUGAAUGCCAUUAAAAACAAGGACGCCAUCGAAGAGGAGAUUCAGCGCACUAUUCAGCGCUAUCGAAAUGACAUUGAAGGAAAGAAAGUUGGGUUCGGAGAAGUAAAGGAAAAAUAUAUACAAGCGCGCAGGAUCGCACAGCAGCUGCAGGAACAGCUUGCGGACAAAAAACGACAAAUGAUGAAAAUAAACGACCGGAUAAUGCGCCAGGCUGAUGAUAUUAAAAACCUAGAAACGGUUUUGGCAGAACGAAAUGAAUCAGGAUUUAAUCGUAUUGCCGAAGAAAAGAAACGCAAUGAACAAACAAUAGUGGAACUGACGGACAAGAAGAGCGGAUUGCAGGCAAUGAUAGAAAAUGCAAAACGUGACGUGGAAGCUCAUCACAAUACGCUUAUCCAAAUCACCGACGCUAAAGAAGAAUUUAAUCAUCGACGUAUAGCUAAGCAGCAUGAAACAUCUAGGACAGAAGAACAACUAAAACAGUUCGAAUCAUCUUCACGUGAUAGUUUGUCAGUUUUUGGGCAAAAUAUGCCGUCCUUCGUGGCCAGAAUUGGCCAACUAUACAAACAGCGAAAAUUCACAGAGCUACCUCGUGGGCCACUUGGUCAGUAUAUCAAAGUAAAAAAUAAGAAGUGGACCGCCAUGAUCGAAACAGUGAUAGGACCUGGCAUGUUGACUGCAUUCUACGUCAAUUCGGAUGCUGACCGUGCCACACUCAAUCAGUUAAUUGAUCGAGAGUUUCGGGAUAUGCGGGGCCGAACCAUAAUUACCAGUCGCUUUCACAAUCAGGUCCAUGAUGUUCGCGAUGGUCAGGUGGAGGAAGUGCAGAACGCACACUCGUUAAUGAAUCUCAUCAGCGUCAGUGAUCCGGUGGUAAUGAACUGUUUGAUCGAUCAGGUUAAGAUAGAAACGAUUCUUGCAGUGGACGAUCAAACUUUAGCUAUCGAUCUAACAAGUCAACAGGAAAAUGUGCCCAGAAACUUGCAGAAAGUUGUUGUUAUGGAACCUUUUUCUGAGUUUUACCCAAUGCCUAAUUACAGAAGUUAUGGACUCCAGAAACGACCUGCCCGUUAUUUACAAGUCAAUCUUUCGGAACUGAAGAAGCAAACCGAACGUCUGAUGCUUCAACUUAAUCAAGAAAUGAGCCAAUUGAAUGAAAUAAUCGAUGUGGAGACUCGGAAACAGAAGGACAAGAAUCGAGAAUUGCAAGAAAGACAGAAGCAGUUGUCGAAAUUACAGCAAGAACUAAACACAAUAGAGUCGAAAAUCGUGGAUCUCAAGGCGAUUGAAUACCCUGCUGAAUCGGAAAAUGUUGCCCUUCAGAAUGAACUUGACGAGCUGAAAGUCUCUCAGACUAAGCUCAGCGAAACGAUUUCCGAAUGCAAACAGAACUUGGAAACAUUCAUGCGCGAAAUUACCGCUCAGGAUCGUAAUAUCGAAGAGAAAAAAGAACACAUGGCCGUAAUUGAACGCGAACUACAAGAAAUACAAGGCAAGAUUGAUGCAGAACAGCAGAAACAGCACGAUAUGCAGGCAAAUUCUAAAACCAAACAGCAGCAACUGGACCGACUGACCCAAGAGGUUCAGAAAAUGCAAUCAGUACGAAAUGAAUUGAAGCAGACACUGGAGGCUGCCACGAAGGAAGCACAAGAAACGGGUGAUCGUGUUGAAUUAACUGAAACUGAUACGCAGGAUGGGCUGAAGAAGAUCAUUUCCUCAACAGAAAAGCGCAUGAGACAUAUCAAUUCGAAAAAUGAAGACAUCGCUGAUGUCAAGGCCAUAUUGGACAAUAAAUUGAUGAAGCGGGAUACCUCUUUGCGUUAUACGGAUUCCUUGAAAAGGGUUAUCAGAACACUGCAUAACUCACGCUCAGCUCGAUAUGCGUAUCUGCACAAACUCAAGUCUCACAUGUCACUGCGUGUGAAACACAAGUUCAAUACCGUGAUGCAACUACGAGGGUUUGUCGGUGAAAUCGUCAUGGAUGCAAAAAACUGUACAUUGGCUCUUUCGGUCGUGCCUCGAGAUAAAAACGUUACCAAUGCGGUAUCCAAUACGAAAUCGCUUUCUGGGGGAGAACGCUCAUACUCGACGGUGGCGUUCCUGAUUGCGCUCUGGUCCUGCGUUGACACACCGUUCUACUUUCUGGACGAGUACGAUGUUUUCACCGAUCAGGUCAAUCGGCACAUGAUGACAAUGUUACUGCUGAACGAGACAAAAAAGAAAGCUGAUCGACAGUUCUGCUUUCUAACACCGCAAGACAUGAGCAAUAUUCAAGCGACUGACGAUCUGACAAUUCAUCGAAUGGCUGACCCGGAACGAUGUUAGUGUUUUCCAUGGCACACCUAACUGAAAUGCUGUGUUACAAGUAUUAGGUUUUAUUUCUGUUGUACUAUUCCAUGCGUCUGAAUUCUUUCAGUAGACUAUACCUUGUUAAUUUAAUGAAGUGUCCUUACAUAAUAUAUUUAAUGUAGUUGAAA